UGACAGAGGCAGACAACGGGGAAAUUAUGAUGCGACCGAACCUCGGUACUUUCAGCAGAUGACCUAAGUUUGGCUCCGCCGCCGACGAGAUCCAGCAAUACAAAAAGGCCGGCUUGCCGGUUGCAGGUCAAACAUCCAUCUCUUUGUUGCUAGAUAAAUUACUGUGUGUUACAGGAAUCUUGGACGAUUUUCUUUUAUUGCUUUCUUGUGAACGUCUGAUUCCAAAGACCAAUAUGUCUGGAGCACAGCAACGUCUUGGCCAGGUCGCCUCGCACUUCAGUGCUGGUGGAAAGAAGGGCCCCUCUGCGCUGACUGAGAAGCACCCUGAUGAUAUCGUCGUCACUUGUGCUCUUCGAACCGCUAUCACCAAGGGAGGAAAGGGUGGUUUCAAGGAUACCGCUGCGGCUGACCUGUUGGCCGGUGCUUUCAAGGCCGUCAUUGAGCGCAGUGGCAUCGAUCCCUCGGCCGUCGAGGAUGUCGCUGUUGGCUCUGUCCUGCCUCCUGGUGGUGGUGCCACUGAGUUCCGUGCAGCUGCUCUCGUCGCGGGCUUCCCCGAGACCACCGCUGUCAAGGCCUUGAACCGUCAGUGCUCGAGUGGUCUGCAGGCGAUCGUGGACAUUGCCAAUGCCAUCAAGGCCGGUAUGAUUGAUGUUGGUAUCGGUGCGGGCGUGGAGAGCAUGAGUUCUCAAUAUGGACCCGGUGCAGUCACUGAGUUCUCCGAGCUCCUCGAGAACCACGAAGAGGCCGCAAACUGCAAGGUCCCCAUGGGUGUUCUGUCCGAGCAGAUGGCCAAGGCCCGUAACAUUACCCGUGCCAAGCAGGACGCUUUCGCCGCUGCUUCUUACCAGAAGGCUCUCAAGGCUCAGAAGGAGGGACUUUUCGACGAGGAGAUCGUUCCCCUCGAGGUCAAGUGGACUGACCCAAAGACCAACGAAGAGAAGACCAUCACUGUCAAGGCAGAUGAUGGCAUCCGUCCUGGCAUCACCGCUGAGUCGCUUGGAAAGAUUCGCCCGGCCUUUGCCAAGGAUGGCUCCAUCCACGCCGGUAACGCCUCCCAGAUCUCUGACGGUGCGGCCGCCGUGCUGCUCAUGAAGCGUUCGACCGCCGAGCGCCUGGGCCAGAAGAUCAUCGGGAAGUACAUUACCGCCAGCGUGGUUGGCGUCAAGCCCCUGCUCAUGGGUAUCGGCCCGUGGAAGGCCAUCCCCGUGGCGCUCGAGAAGGCCGGCAUCACCAAGGACGACGUCGACAUCUACGAGAUCAACGAGGCCUUCGCCUCCCAGUGCGUCUGGUGUACGGAGGAACUGGGUAUUCCCUUCGAGAAGGUCAACCCCAAGGGUGGCGCCAUCGCGUUCGGUCACCCCUUGGGCUGCACGGGUUCCAGACAAGUUAGCACUCUGCUGACGGAGCUGAAGAGGACGAACAAGAAGAUUGGUGUUACCAGCAUGUGUGUCGGCACUGGUAUGGGUAUGGCCGCCGUUUGGGUUGCCGAGUAAAAGAUCAAUAUCUUGCUUUUCUUUUUUUUUUUCUUCUUCUUUUCUUUGUUGUACCAGUAACGGGCAGGAUACCAAGCUAUGAAUUGAAUUGCAUACACAUAUAUAUGAAACA